AAGUGUUUAGUGUUUACUGUUUACCAUAUCUAUGCUGUUUACUUAUUGGCUGUUAUAUAAGAUAAAAAUGUAUAACAUGAAUAUUAGACAAUAAUAAUACUAAUUUAUAUGGGUUAUAAGUUAUAUAAGUUACAACUUAACUUAUAACACAUAAAUUCAGACAUUCAGUAGUUAUUAAUAAUCAUGUAGCCUAAAGACUUUUAAAUUAAGAUUUUUGUUUGCGUUUAUUUGUUUAUUGUUAAAUAAUUAUAAAUUAUUUAAUGUUUUUUUUUGGAAGUUAAUUAAAGAUUUUAUUCUAUUUAUUUAUUUUUAUGUCAACAUAUAUUUAAUUAUUAAACUUUUAAUGAUGGAUAUAUUAAAAAAUCAUUAUGAGACUUUUGAUUUACUACCAGAUGAAAUGGUUGUAUACACAUUAAGCUUUAUCGAUGCAGAUACCCUUUUGGAUUGCAGACUUGUGUGCAAAAGAUGGCGAGAACUUAUAGAUGCAUACGUAUUUCAAGAAAAAGCUUCACGAGAAAAUAAGUAUGUGAAUAAUGGUAGAGGAUACUAUAGUUUUUCCAAAAUUGAUUCAAAUAAUAUCAGAAAGCUAGAAUUGCCAUGGUACGUGUUUCAUGUCAUAUGCAAAUAUGACCCAUUUAAUAGAAAUUUAGUGAAAAACCACUGUGGACAAAAUGAAUAUACGCAUUGGAAUAUAACUAACGAUCAUAAUUGGUGGACUAUUGAACAAACACCACAAGGUGCUCCUCCAUUACCUGAUGAUCCCGAUUUUGAUGGCCAUACAAGCUGUUUUGUAUCAACAUAUCGAUUAUGUUCAAAAAGGCAAAAAAUCAUAUUCAAAAAUUAUGGUUUGAAUGAUAUUGUCAUGAAAACUCUUCAACCUGAAAUAUCAGUUAGUGAAUGGUAUACUGGUCGUUUUGAUUGUGGCUGCAAAUAUGCAUUAAGGGCAACUGUUCAUGAUAGAAAUGAUAAGUUAAUAGAACAACACAAUUACAAUGAUAUUUUACCUCAGUGGGAGGCUAAUAUUUGGACAAAAGCUUCACAUUCAUUUAAAAAUCAGAGUAAUGCAUCUCAAUUAAUUCUAUAUCAUUCUGGAGUAGACACACAGUAUUGGGCUGGUCACUAUGGUACCAAAAUAUCUGGUUCUGUAGUAAAAAUUUUGCUACCAAUAAAAUUUAAAUGUGCCGAGUCUUAGAUACAUAUUUUAAUUAAAUGUGUUGGUAUAUAUAUAUAUCAAUGUUAUAAUAUUUCUUUUAAAAUUUAAAAUUUAUUCAAAAUUAAUAAUUACUUA